AUGAAGAUCACCUCUACCAUCGCCGCCGCCAUCGUAGGCAUGGCCUCGAUCGCCUCAGCCCACAUGGAGAUGAAGGACCCGCCCCCCCUGCGGUCCAAGUACAACGACUUCACCACCGACGCCGACUACAGCAUGACCAACCCUCUGUCCGCCGACGGCUCCGACUUCCCCUGCAAGGGCUACCAGUCGCUCAUGGGCACGCCGCAGGGCAAGUCUGUCAAGACCUACCAGCCCGGUCAGUCGUACAAGUUCACAAUCACCGGCAGCGCCGUGCACAACGGUGGCUCCUGCCAGGCCUCGCUCUCCUACGACGAAGGGAAGACCUGGUCCGUCAUCCACUCCUACAUCGGCAAAUGCCCCGUGGCUGGCGACUCGGACUGGGACUUCACCGUCCCCGAGGACGCGCCCUCGGGCGAGGCCCUCUUCGCCUGGACCUGGUUCAACGAGGUCGGCAACCGCGAGAUGUACAUGAACUGCGCGUCCGUCACCAUCGGCGGCGGCAGCUCCAGCAGGAAGCGCACCAGCCGCAUCCAGGCGGCAGAGUACGUCGACGCCCUGGUCAGCAGCCGCGCCGGCGGGCUCUCGGGCCGUCCGGCCAUGUUCGUCGCCAACGUCGGCAACGGAUGCACCGCCCCCGAGGGGGGGGACGUCGAGUUCCCCGACCCCGGCCCGGACGUCACCCGCCAGACGGCAAAGGGCGAGACCGUCGCCCCCGAGGGAUCUUCCUGCGGAUCCAGCAGCGAGGCCACCUCGGUCGUCCAGAACCCCUCGACGCCCACGACCACCCUGCAGACCGUCGUCAAGCCCACCGCCUCCCCUACCCAGGCCUCGCCCUCGCCCUCGCCCACGCCUACGGCUGGCAGUGGCGCCCAGGCGGUUGGGUCGCCUUGUGACCAGGAGGGUCAGUGGAACUGCGUGGGCGGUUCAAAGUUUCAGCGCUGCGCCUCUGGAAUGUGGUCGGCCAUGCUUGACAUGAGUGCGGGUAGUACCUGCCAGGCUGGCAUGGGUGACAGUCUCGUCUAUGCCUAG